AGCGCGGCUCCGGGCCGGGCGGCGCGCCAGCAUGUGGGGCGGUCGGACGGCGGGCGCCGUCCCGCCGUGGGGCCGGGGCCUGAGCGGCUCCGCCGUCCUGCGCGGCUCCAGGAACCUGCUGCUAAAAAUGCUCCGCAAAAAGAAGAAGAAGUUUUGGUAUGACAGCCCUACCCUGGGAUCCAAAGUGAUGUAUAAACCAACCCAGUUGGCCUCUGCAAUAAAAGAUGACCAAACAAAAACUAGGAAGGAAGAUAACAUACGCUGCAGAGUCUUGAACGGUCUUAUUCAUAAAGCUGUGACAGAGAUGAUGACUACCUGUGAAAUUAGUCAAGAACUUUAUGAUCUCAAGCUGGAAAUCUGCAAGGUGUCCCUGGCAUCAAACUUUUCAGCAUGUCGUGUGUACUGGAAUCCUGCUGCCACUACUGAGAAAGACAGUUAUGUUGAAAGUGUACUGAAGAAGAGUGCUCCACGUAUACGGUAUCUUCUGAGGAGUCAGCAGAUAGUAGGAAAUGUGCCCCCGGUAGUAUUUGUAAAAGACAAAGAAGCUUCAGCUGUAAAAGAGGUUGAGGAUUUAUUGUCAGUUGCAGAUUUUGGACCUCCAGAAGAAAAAACAUCUCAAAAUGACUCUAGAGAACUGUUCUCUUCAUCAACUCAACCUUCAGCAACUCAAUCUUCAGAUUCACCCCUGCGGUCUAAUCUUUUUGGUAUUGAUCAUGAACUGCUGAAUAAGCAGAUAAUGGACUAUAAAAGACUGAAAGUGUCAAAAGAUAGAGAAAACAUUGCCUUGACAGAAGUGCAGGAGCAGCAGCUUUCUAAGAUUCAAAAGAAAAUGAAAAAGAAGAAAACAAGGAGUCUUCCUGACGAUGACAUUACACCACAGAAAUACUUACUGGACAGAUAUGAAGCUGAUCACUGGGAUGAUAACACUGAAUCAGUCUCGGACUAUGAGCUGGAGGAUGAAUUACAGGAAGAGGUAAACAAAUUGGAGGCAGAUUAUGGCAAAACUCAAAGUCAGCCUACUGAUAAACUGAAAUGAAGUGGAAAAGCCACUCCCUUGAAAAUGGGGGCUGCCGAUAGCAAAAAACAAGACUGCCAUCGAUACUGAAAGGUUAGUUUUGUACAGCCUGUUUACCACUUCCUCUUUCAAACUAAUAGGUUUGCCACAUGUGAGGAGGUUUGCUGGCACAAGGUGUGUAGAAAAAAAAAAAAACAAAUGCAAUUUGUGACAUUCUGUUAAGCAGCUUUCAAGCUGCUGCAGUUGUAGGAUUUUCAACCAGAGAGCAGCUUUGUAAUAACGAUAUACAUAGUACAGCACUGAGUUAAAACUUCCUACAGUUUUGUUGAUUAUUUCCAAUAAAAUUAUGGCUUCUAUGUUGAAAUAAAA